UGAGUCGAAACUUGCGGUAUCUGGUAGUGUAGUCCGUCGUGAGCGCGCGCGUUUUUCGGUAGAUCGAUUUUUUGUUCGCGAUCGCGCUUCAUAGCCCAAACGUGGCUCGCGGGUUUGUUUUGAUCGGUGGACAUCGGUUUCGGUUUAAUUGGCAGGCAGCUCACAGAACUGUAGACUGCAGACAGCCAGUUGUCAUCGCAAGAUGGAUUGACUGCGAAUUUUAGUUGAGGAUUGAGCAACCGUCUUUCCAGCUCAGUAGCUGCGACUAGUUUGGAGUUUUCCAUUGGCCGUUGAUAAUGUAGCGAAAAAAGAGAAAAUUGGUUGUGGAUAUGACUUUGGCGGACAGUCUGUGCAAGGACUGCCAAAAGGUCAAUCUGAUCGAGUGUGGCGAGCCUGCGGAACAACUUUGAAAACCUCCUCUCAGGUGUGAAAAGUGAAAACAUAAGCCAAAGCUUGUAUUGAACACUGAAGGUUCGUUUGAGCAAGUGCAAACAUCUUGGCGUAGAAGAUUAUCAACAGUGUGUGAAUAAGUGAUUAGCUCUAAGCUGUCGAGAAACACUAGAAGAAGGCUGUAGUGCAUCGCGGUCGGCACCAAAGGUCUAUCAUUAUGCAUUGAAAUCGAUAAUUAUGCAUUACCCUCCCGGUCGCACCGUUGGACAUCGCAGUAGCAGCAACAGCACCAGUUACGGUAGUGUUAAGGGUGAAGGUAUAGUGAAACAAAGUUCAAGUGUGGUCAGAAUAAGGUGCAAUAAAGCCACAUCUCCGGGGACAACUGUGACCGACUGUAGCCAUGACGAAAUUUACGAGUUUGGAUAAGAAACCACCAACUUGGAGAGUCAAUGCGGAGAAUGAGCCACGGUUUCCGAAAGUGUGACUAACCAUGUGACAAUGUGCAUCGGAUCGAACGGAAAGCCAUUAAAACUGAACAGUCAGUGUAGGCAGUAAAUAAUCGGUGGGUUCUCCUGUGAAAGUGAACUGGGAAGACUUGGAAGUAGCAAUUUCCUGGUCACAGCUGCGUGGUUGGCCAACGAGGGCCAAUGAGUAAUAAGCACGGUGAAAGGAGAAGAAAAGGUAGUGAUUGAAGUGUCGUUUGGUUAAUUUCACGUUCAUUCUGAAAUUUUGCGAGACUGGCGGUUGAGCGAAAGCCUUCAAUUUUCCCCCCGUCGCCGCAGCCGGACACGAUGAGGAAAAUUGAUGCCACUAAUGCCAAAUACCUGCUCGACUAUCUGUACUACACCCGAGACGAUGAGCAGUUUCGUUUCUAUAAGAAGUCAAGAUCAUCAAUAUUUCGCGGCGUGAUUCUGUGUCUGUGCCUGAACCUAACCUACGCCAAUGUGGCCCGAUUCCCACGCGAACUCCAGCAGCAUGGAUCCGCUUUCCUCGUGCCCUACGUCAUACUGCUGCUCCUGGUCGGGCUGCCGGUUGUGUUGCUCGAAAUUUCGUUGGGACAAUUCCUCGGACAGGGAUCGGCGCACAUGUGGCGAGCGGCGCCCUUUCUCAAGGGUGCCAGUUUGGUCGGACGAAUCGCCUCUUGGCUGGCGGCGAUCUGGACCUCGAUGCAUUCGGUGAUUGCGUUGCUGUACGUAGGAAUGUUGUCAUUCAAAUCUGUGCCAUUUAGAGAGUGUAAUAAGGCCGUAACGAUCAACCAGCAGUCCAUUCAUGACGGUUAUGAUGUGGAACCCAAUAGCGGACAGGAAUGUUUGAAAUUAACGUUUCUACGUCCAGUGUGGCGAAGUUCUCUCUACUUUGGGCUGCUUGCGUUGAGUUUGAUUCUUUUAUGGGUCAUUUCGAUGGUAUGUACGCAUAGUGGAAAGAUCAACCGACGGUCGAUUUAUCUGUUUGGAUUUUUGGCGUUGGUUUUGCUGAUCUUUGAAACCGGAUGGGAAGUAACGAAAGCCAUCAACGAUGAGUAUGUGCCCGGACUGUGGCCAUUUUAUCCGGAGUCAUUUGCCGAUAGCACGCUGUGGUUCAAUGCGUUGGUGCAAGUUAUCUACUCGCUAAAUAUUGGUAUCGGAGCAGUGCCAGUCAUUACAGGGCAGUUCCUAUAUAAAGGAGAUGCCAUCAAAACAUCAUUCGUCUACAUUUUCUUCAACAUCCUGAUCACAUCGAUUGCGGUGAUUUUCUACGUAUUUCAAUUUCAUAACACUGCAAACGAUCCACAUCUGCUGUACCCUGAGCUGACCCCAUUGACAUCCAUUUACGAUCGAGCUGUAACGGUGCAUGAAUUGGAUCACCUCAUACAGCAGCUCAUUCCAGCUCUAGGCUACGCAUUGCUCUUUAUAUCAUCCAUCGUGUCGAUGACGAUCUACAUCUACACUUCCACCAGAAUGAUUCGAAAGCAUCCAAACUACACCGUGUGUCUGGCAGGCCUAGUUGUCGCAAUAGCUGGACUAUUGUGCCCGAACUACAUCUUCCCACGGAUCCUGGACACACGAAUCGUAGGAUCGUUGAUAGUUUGUGCGAUGAUUUUCGAAAUAAUUCUGAUUAUCUGGGUGUACGGAUCGAAGAACUUGUACACCGAUCUGGAGUUUUCGCUGGGACGACCUGUGCUCAAAGCAUGGCUAUUCAUUUGGGGAUUAAUUCCGGUGCUGCUGAUUUCCAUCCUCUCUUGGUGGACGAUUACGUAUUUUGACAACGAUUUACUUAUCGAUUACUUCCCAAAGUGGCUACCGGUAGUAUUCAGUUUAGGCGUCAUUAUGUUAUUGGCAUGUGUGGAAAUCAGCAAACAAGUAGACUACAACAUAUUCAGUAUGAUCCAUGGAGCUACAAAACCAUCGAAAGAUUGGGGACCUGCUGACCCCUUAGUUCGACAUGCUUGGAAGCAAUGGAAAUCUGUUUGUGAAGAUACCGGAGAACGAGACUUCACGUUGAGGCGGCGUGGCACCAAAGACUACACCAAUUCUAUUAAAAAAGGCCAGUACUCUCACUCCAACAAAUACGGAGUUUCAAACAAAAACCUUUCGACCGCGGGGAGCAACUCGCCCAACUACAGUGGUUCUGUAUUUGGAGACUCAGCCAUCGAAGAGGACAUCAGUGUAGAAAAAUUUCCGCAAUACAAGCAACAAAACUCAGCCUAUAGCGUCGACUCCAACAUUGACAAGUCCCCACACACAUCUGCCAGUUCACGAAAAUCGUCCCAAAUCGAUAAACGAACACCAAGCGAACGAAGCCAAGCUGGAUUAAUCAGUUCGAGGAAAACCUCCGAUAACAGCUUUACGUCUCGAAUCGAAAUAAUGGGCGACGAUCAUGCCUACCGGAGUGCCAUCGUACGUAAUCCUCUGGCCAAAGCGGAUGGAGCUCAAAAUUUCAAAACCAGCCACCAUCACUUGGCACCCCCCGUGCCGACACAUCAUACUUCCUCACAGAUGACGACGAGUCAACAGCCUGCGAAACCGCAGAACCAUCAAAAUGGCCAUUCGAAGAAUCCUUAUCCGGAAGAGGGUUACAAUCGGGAUAUCUACAUCAGCAAUGGCCAAGCGGAUCACAUCUGUUGGCGCAAAUUCUCCAUCAACUCCGAAGAAUAUUCAACCGAGCUUUAAAACUAGUGAACGUUUUUUUUAGCUAGGCACGUUCGGAUCUUCGUUGCGAAAAAGCGAUUUGUUACAUUUGUUAUUUUUUGUAUAUAUUAGUUCAAAUAACGACGAGCUUAACGCGUAGGUACUUAUCAACUCUGCGUCUCUGUGCAGUUGUGAAACAAAGUCUAGUGAAUAUAUGUAUCAUAUGACCGUAGUAGUUACAAAAAAAGGCCAAACUUAUUUAUUAAAGCUACAUCUGAUAACCCAAAACAGAAUCUAGUAUCAUUGUAAUUUUAAUUGUUCCUUUCUAAAAAAAAUAUCUAACGUUUGAUCUAUCCUGCAAAACUCUAAACUUAAUCUUGGUUGGUAAUCACUCAGUGCGGUUUGUAAGUAAACGUAUUCCAGCACACAUUCCCUAAGUUUGUGUUAGGGUAAUAAAUAGGACUGAAUAAUAGUUGAUAUUCCAAUUUUAUGUAUUAUACAAAUGUUUACUUUUCAAAGCGAAUGUAAUUGUAGUCUAGUAGAACCCUAAAAGUGAUUAUCGUCUCAUUGUAAAGCGAACAGCCAAAUUAGAAACCAACACAAGUUCGACAGUUCGUUUGCGAAACAAACCUCGCUCAAACGCACUGUCCGAACAGUAGGAAACGCCUCCUGAAAGUGAUUAUUCCUGCAUUAUAACUUGAACUCUGUCGGAUGGAGCAAUUCUUAGGAAGAUAAGUCAGGACUACUGUGUAAUUGUUUGAAUAUUAACUUUAAAAAGGCAGAUAUAUUGGUGAUGUUAAAAACGAAAGGAUCAACAAAGUCAAUUGAUUAAAAUGAAAAUAAAAUA